AUGGCACAAACAGGGCAGGUUGUCCCUGCCACGAUGCCCCGUCGCAUCGUGGAAGGGGUUCUCGUGCAGCGACGUGGCGAUGUGCAGGUCCCAAGCCUGGGGAACAUAGAACGCCCCCUGCCGUAUCCGAAGCAGAGGCUGAUCGUCCCCAAGGAGACAAAAAGCGCACAAAGCCCCAGUCCCAAAUCCGAUGUGCCUGACCGUGACAUCAUGGAUGCCUUCAUAGAGGAGAUGAGCUUUCCACCAAAGCAAAAGCUCUUGGAGGUCCCGGGGAACGGUGCCAAGGAAGCUCGUUCUGCCAGCCCAGCCUCCGGGGGCACGGAUGAGGACGGUGAGGAGUUACCAGAAAGCCUGAACAGCAGUCGGGCCUCGUCUGCGGAGCCCAGCAAAAUCGGGAGAGCUAAGCAGCAGCUUGCUGAGCUUCUCGAGAUUUGGCGAAGCAAGCGCCACUCCUGCGAUCCUUCCGAACCGUUGCUUGAGGAAGAGAGGCAGCGUAUUGAGCGGGUCCUGUUUGAGACCAUGCCACCAGACCGGGUUAGCAUUGUGGAGGUGCGAAGGGUCGUGAAGCCUUCACUACUGCGGAGGUUCUGCGAGGAGGAGAGAGAUUCCCUUCAGAAGCAGGCCAACCAGCAGAAGACGCACAAGCAGUUCAUGCUCUUGCACGGCACGCGCUGGGAUUAUGCACCCCUGAUUGUGGAAAAUGGUUUGGACCCAACUUGUGGGCAUCUCACAAAAGGGACGUGGCUUGGCGGAAUCGCAGAAAAGGCACAUUCCUAUGCUGCCAAAGGGCCAGGCCCGGAGGUCGAAGAGAAUCCGGGAAUGCGACUCUUUACCUUAUUCGUGGUAGCUGUUGUGCCUGACAUCAGCGAUGGCGAUGACGAGAGAUCCUUCGGAGUGUGGCGAAUCCAGUCUGGUCGUCGGCUGUAUACAGCCUACCAGGUCAUUUACUCUGCCCCGAUGGACUUGCGCAGAAAGGCGCCUUUGAUCGUCCCACGGUCCAAUAAAGCAGUGCUACUUCGCAAGCAGAGUUAUGACAAGAUUGAGACACUACCAUCGAGCCGGACUGGUCGGUGCCGAAGUGCCAGCCCCCCGAGACGAUCAACUUCUCCUGAGCUGCCCGUCGCGCUUCCUCUGGAUGUGCCGAAGCCCACAACGGUGACCCUGAAGGACCAGAAGGAGCUUGAUGCAGUCAGCAGUUGGCCAUUGGACGGUAUGCGCUUGGGUGGCUUUCGGGGCGCCUGCACUUCCCCUGCCCUGAAGGUACAUCAGCCUGGGGCGGAGCCUUCUCGAGCAGUCUUCCGCCGAGCCUCGGCCCCGAAGGUCGUUGAGGCGGCAGGGCCGGUUGCCCCAAGCGCCAAGGGCAUCACCGAGCACCGCGACCGGGCCCCACCGAGCCCCGCCUCUCGUAGUCCCUCUGGUGGGGCACAGUCCCCCAGCCCCAGACCUUCUCGCACCUCUCCUGCGUUGAAAGUACGGCAGCCCGAAGCAAGGCCGCCUCCAAGCCCACGCACCCAGGCCCGACCCCUUGAUCUCGGUCCGCCAGCACCCAAGUGGGAAGUCCUCCUGGAUGAUGGAUGGGUCCCGUUCUGCCCCGGAAGCAAGUUCAAAGAUGAUGCGGGGACCAAGGUGAGUAUUUGUCAUGGCCAGUUUUGGUACACUCUUACUUUCGAUGCCAACGGCACCACAGGAAAGCAAGCAAACCAGCGCACUGGUAAAGUUCGUCAACUUCGCAAGGUGCUGCCUGAGACUGGAGCGAGCAUCUCAAAUGAACAGAUUGCAGCGACCACUGAGCACAAUGCUCCAGAGUCUGAGCAGAAGCCGGCAGUGGCCGAUGCUUGGUUUCCGAGUUUGCUGAGUUCCAGUUCUCCUGUUAAACAGGCGACUUAG